AUGUACUACAUUGUGAAUUCGGUUACAGAUUCGAGAAAUUUGAUCCUUGUGUUAUGUCUUUUGACGGUUGUUAUCCAUUGCAUCAAAAUAAUACCGGAGCGCUCCUCAGUAACUUAUGUGAAUGACGUGUACUUUUCUGAUGUCGCGUUAACUGUCAGACGUAAUGGCAAGAGAGGAGAUUACAUAGCCAACCUGGAUUUAAAUGCAAAGUAUGCGGUUGGGAACAACGUGACGAUAGACGUUAUCUUCUACGAGUUCCUACACAAUGAGUAUAGGCGUUCAUUCGUGGAGUUGCACUACAGGGCCUGUGACCUUAUCCUCAAGGAUGCUUACCUAGGCUUGAUAAUACGGAAAGCUGGUUUGGUUACAUGUCCCAUACCUGUUGGCAAGUUAUCUCUGAAGAAUGUAACCUUCGAUAUCGACCUCCCUUCUGUCUGGCCUUUCGAAAAAGUAACAGACAAGGGAUGGGAAGGUACUCAGACUCUUGCUGACCAAAACACAAUCCUUGUACCUCCAGGACCGCGCCUAGUCAUGAUACGUUAUUGCGCUUGA